UGAUGUUUAGGCCAAUAACCAAAGGAACAAAGUUUGCAUUGAAUCUGUUCAGUCCAGGAACUGAGGUUACAAGGGUGCGGUGGAGGAUGCAUCACAGGUGCGCAGCCAAUCGAGCGUUCGCUCAGGAUCUGAUGAACGAAUGUAGGAAUUCCAUUUGGAAUCAAACGAGUGCAAAAUUUAGACUGUGAUGAGUUAUUUGAUUUGGACACCCGAGUAAUUUAUUUAAUCUAACUGUUUUCGGCUGUUGUGUGAAAUCGGAACUUGGCAAAUGAGCAGCCUUUCACGUCUUUCCAUCCGUGGCGUUCUCUCCAUAUAGACUGGAGAACGAACGCAGGGAUUCCGUGUGAAUUAGACAACAAUCCAAAAAUCAGAUUGCUUUCGUGAUUUGGUUUGGCUGAUAUUGACGUUGGUUUGAGGGAUUAGACUAGUUUGCAGUUUUCGGCUGUUGUGGGAGAUUCUAGGCGAAAGAAACCACACCUCCACAAAUAAACAGUUCUGGCCGUUUUACUUUUCAAUUCUGCGAAAUUAUGGAGCGUCUUAAAUUAGUUCUGCAAUACUUUCAGUCCAACUCUGAGUCAAUAUCUAACGGAAUCUGUGCUAUUUUGGCACUUAUCAGUGUAAAACUUUAUACGAGUUUUGAUUUUAACUGUCCGUGCAUGCCUCAAUAUAACAAAUUAUACGGACUAGGAGUCAUGUUCGUACCCCCGCUCAUACUUUUCCUACUGGGAGUGCUAAUCAACCGACACACGGGUGUUAUGAUGGAAGAAUGGCUAAGACCCAUAGGGAAACGAUCCAAAAAUCCUGCUGUGAUCAAACAUUUGUUUUCAGCCAUGAUCCAGAGGAGCCUUCUGGCCCCCAUGGUGUGGAUCCUGGUGACCCUUCUGGAUGGGAAAUGCUUUGUGUGUGCGUUCAGCAUGAACGUGGAUCCAGAGUACUUCAGUGGCAUUCCGAACAACACAGGGCUAGAGAUAACCAGGAUCCUGGCAAAAGUGCCCUGCAAGGAGGACGCCAUCUUCCAAAACACCACCUUCCGCAAGGCCGUGUCACGUUAUGUCCGCUGCUAUUCUCAGGCAAUAGGCUGGUCCAUUCUGCUGUUCCUGAUUCUGUUGGGUGCAGUGGGUCGCGUCGUCAAGCCCUGCUUCAACCAUGCCGGCUUUCUGCAGACGCGAUACUGGAGCAACUACCUGGACAUCGAGCAGAAGCUGUUUGACGAGACCUGCGUCCUGCAUGCACGUGACUUCGCCCGCAAGUGUGUUGUGCAGUUCUUCGAAGGCAGGCGUGAUGACUCCGUACUGCGUUUGCCACUGGCCCGCGCCCUCAUCACCCGCCCCUGCCGACGGGAUGAGUUUGAUGAAGAGGACGAGGAGGAGCGCCUCCACGGCAUCACCCGUCAGGACCAGGUGGACCACCUGCUGCACGCUUGGUACCAGAGUAAGCCUGAGCUGGACGUGACUAAGAUGGCGUACAGACCCAGAGCCUGUAUCACCUGGGAAGAUGACCAGGGACGGGCAGUCUUCUCGGAUGUAUAGGAACGAAUGGGCUUGAAACUGGUUGAAGUUUGUGGAUAUCAUAUGGUGGUUUCCUUCAGUCAUUUCAUGAAGCUACUUCCACUUCAACUGACAGCCCAAGUCUUGAGAACAUAAAAGACUUGAGUUUGCAUCCUAGAGAUCACACAGACCGCAAAAGACUUUGUGACUUUGUCCUAUGAUAAAUCUACUAGUAGGUAGAUUGUGAGUAGGUGCCUGUAUUCUUUCAUCACCUUUAUGGACAGGACCAAAGGAAAGUGAAGGCUUUACAUCUAGGAACAUAGAGGUAGACAUAUACCGAUAGAUAAAUAUAUAUUAAAAUUGAAUAAUGAGUGGCUGGGUGUGACUGGGGUUGAGGUUAUGGUGUCAAAUUGUAUUAGGCUGCUCUUGCUGAGUCAUUUGAGGUGGCUCAGAUUUACUUUGUUUGAAUUUGCAUGUGUUGCCUCCACAGGCCAUGACCUUGAAUAGGGAUGCAAACAACAGGGGAGUGUCUCUCUGUUCAUCUUGAAAUGAACAGAGCAACGUGACUGCACGGCCAGCCACUUCUAUGAGAUUUUGUGGGAGAAUAAAAAGACUUAAAAAUUCCCCAUUGACUUAACAUUAGAUUAUGACAUCACAAUAGAGCAAUUAGAAUCUUCUAUGAGAUUUUGUGGGAGAAUAAAAAGACUUAAAAAUUCGGAACAGACACAUUCCAGUAGAGACAUCACCCUAGUCCCAUGUCUGUAGAGGCUAGACUUCAAGAUGAGAUGAAGGAAUGUAAAGCAGAAGUUGUAGAUAUCCUUUUUGAAAAGGUUGUCAUAUAAUGUCUCAUUCAUAACCUAUUCAACGUGUACAAAUGCACCGAAAACCACUAUAAAUAAACAGAUGUUCUUUUGUUCAAAGGCUUGGUCUGAAUAAUAGAAGUUCAGCAGGCCUUACUCAGACUGUCCUCUGAAAGGGCCGUAUGAUCUAAAACAUUUAUAAUCUAAAUAUUUAGACCAGUCUCCUAUUCAGAAGAGCAUUCAUAA